AGCUCCGUUGGGACUUCCACGACUCUGGACUACUCUGGCCUUCACUUCCUUCAAAUUCAACGCCUCAGACGCUCUCCUGGGAUCGCAGUCACUUGCCUCCCUCCCGUGGGUCCUGUCACUGCGCUCGCCGACUGGCUUGAAUAGCCACGUCGCAUACACCCCUCUCCGCACAACCCACCACGAGCCGCAACCAUGCGUCUAGACGUAAAGAGACAACUCUUCGCGAGGUCCGAGAGAGUCAAAGGAAUUGACUUUCACCCGACCGAGCCUUGGAUUCUCACGACCCUGUAUAGCGGACAUGUCCAUAUCUGGUCAUACGUGUCGCAAUCCAUUGUCAAGACGUUCGAACUUACCGACGUGCCUGUCCGCGCUGGUCGAUUCAUUGCACGGAAAAAUUGGAUAGUCGCUGGCUCCGAUGACUUCCAAUUGAGGGUGUACAAUUAUAAUACAUCCGAGAAGGUCACUUCGUUCGAGGCGCAUCCGGAUUACAUCCGUGCCAUUGCUGUGCAUCCGACACAGCCUUUCGUUUUGACCGCAAGCGAUGAUAUGACUAUUAAGCUUUGGGAUUGGGAUAAAUCAUGGAAAUGCGUCCAGGUCUUUGAAGGACAUGGUCACUAUGUCAUGGGCAUUGCCAUAAAUCCCAAGGAUCCCAACACAUUCGCAUCGGCAUGUCUUGAUCGGACAGUGAAGAUAUGGUCCCUUGGCAGUGCCACUCCCAAUUUCACCCUGGAAGCCCACGAGGCCAAGGGAGUCAAUUUCGUCGACUACUAUCCUCAGUCCGACAAGCCGUACCUCCUUACUACAUCGGAUGAUCGUACAGUAAAAGUAUGGGAUUACACUACCAAGGCGCUGAUUGCAACAUUGGAAGGGCACACUUCGAAUGUGAGUUUCGCGGUCUAUCACCCAGAACUACCCGUCAUCAUCUCCGGUUCCGAGGAUGGCACGAUCAAGAUAUGGCACUCCUCUACCUACAGAUUGGAGCAGUCCCUGAACUAUGGCCUGGAACGAGCUUGGUGCGUAGCCUACCAAAAGGGCAAGAAUGGCGUCGCGCUUGGUUUCGACGAUGGAGCUGUGGUUAUUUCAAUGGGCCGUGAGGAACCUGCAGUCAGCAUGGACGCUAGUGGAAAGGUCCUGUGGGCAAGGCACAACGAAAUCCUGAAUGCUGUUAUCAAGGGCAAUGAGCAGCUCAAAGACGGCGAGCGUCUCACCCUCCCCACCAAGGACCUCGGAUCCACCGAGAUCUAUCCCCAGUCCCUUUUCCACUCACCCAACGGUCGAUUUGUCGCCGUAUGCGGCGAUGGCGAGUACAUCAUCUAUACCGCGCUUGCUCUCCGUAACCAGGCCUUCGGUUCCGCGCUCGACUUUGCAUGGGCAUCAAAGGAGAACGACAAGGACUAUGCCAUUCGGGAAUCUUCUACAAGCGUCAAGAUCUUCCGGAACUUCAAGGAGCGAAGCGUCUUGAACGUCGGGUUCUCCGCUGACGGACUGAGCGGUGGUGUGCUUCUCGGUGUCAAGGGUCAGGGUGGCAUCGGGCUCUUUGACUGGGAAACCGGUGCAUUAGUCCGGAGGAUAGAAGUCGAACCCAGAAAUGUUUAUUGGUCUGAGAGCGGAGAGCUCGUGACGCUCGCGACGGACGACACAUUCUACGUUCUGCGAUUUUCGAGAGAGAACUACCUUGAGGCGGUGCGCAAUGGAGAAGUAGACGAGGACGGCGCAGAGUCCGCCUUUGAGGUCGUUUGCGAUAUCAACGAAAGUGUCCGCACCGGUGCCUGGGUUGGCGACUGCUUCAUCUACACGAACAGCACAAACCGCCUGAACUACCUCGUCGGGGAUCAGUCGUACACCAUCUCGCACUUUGACUCUCCACACUACGUUCUCGGCUAUCUCCCACGCGACUCGAGGAUCUACGUCUGCGACAAGGAUGUCAACGUCAUCUCCUUCGCCCUCUCGCUCGCUGUUGUGGAAUACCAGACGCUGGUUCUGCGCGGCGACCUGGAAGCUGCUGAGGAGCUUCUGCCUUCGAUACCCAAGGACCAAAACAACAAGAUCGCCCGCUUCCUUGAAGGCCAAGGGUAUAAAGAGCUAGCGCUCAAGGUCGCUACGGAUCCAGAGCACCGCUUCGACCUUGCUCUCUCGCUCGGGGAUCUGGAGCAGGCCGUUUCUAUCGCACGCGAACAGGACACGGAGCACAAGUGGAAGACAGUUGGCGACGCCGCGCUCUCGUCCUGGAACGUCCAGCUCGCCCAGGAAUGCUUCACCAAAGCGAAGGACCUGGGCUCCCUGCUCCUGGUCUACUCGUCGACUUCGGACGAGCAAGGCCUCCGGGAGCUCGCUCAGCUGGCGGAGAAUGCGUCGGCGAAUAAUGUUGCCUUCUCGGCGCUGUGGCAGCUGCAAGAUGUGCAGGGCUGUAUCGAUUUGCUCGUCAAGACGAACCGGCUCGCGGAGGCGGUGCUCUUCUCGCAGACGUACAAGCCUAGCGUCACGGCGGGGUUGGUGAAGCGGUGGAAAGAGAGUCUGGAGAAGGAGGGGAAGGGCAAGGUGGCGAGGUUAUUGGGGGUGCCGCCGAGCGAGGAGGAGGAGGGGGAUCAGGAGAUGUUUCCAGAGUGGGAGGAAUAUCUGAGGUUGGAGAGGGAGGGCGGGACGGCGGAGGAUUUGAGGGUUGGCGACGAGGAGGAUGGAGGCGAGGAAGAGGUUGGGGAGGGGGAGGAGGAAGAAGAGGGCGAGGACGAGGAAGGGGAGGAGGGGGCUGAGGAGUAAGAGUGGAUUCGAUUCGAGUAUAUGUUGCUCUGUUUCAUGGUAAUUCAUCCAGUCAUAGAUGAGGGCGUGUCGUUUGGAAAAUGAUACUCUGGCCUGUUUUACUGAUCACUGAUCACUCCUCUACCAGGGGGAGACGGUGAAUUGCGACGGAUGCUGCGUAAAGCGAAGAUUAUCAUAUCAUGACGGUAGAGGAGAUACCGCCA